UUUUUUUUUUUUUUUCUGUCUUCAUCUCUCCCUCUCUUUAUAACAGUCCACAGAUCUGCCCAACUUCUUCUCCAUCCCUUGUUUCAGUCAUGUCUAAUCCCUAUUCCAAUUACUUCCAUGGGUGGUUCAAUGUCAACCCUCUUCACCAUUUCUCUUCCUCCACAUCAACUUCAUCAAACCCAUCUUUUUAUUCUCCUUAUGACCAUCAUCACUACAGUAGUAUGUCCAAUAACAUGAUGAUGAACUCUUUUACUCAGUAUAAAUCCUCCUCCUCCUCAUCUCCUCCUUCUCCUCCUUUAAGAGAAGCACUCCCUCUUCUCAGUUUAACCCCGACAAGGCAUCAUGAAGAUCAACAACAAGAAUACUACUCUUCUAGCAGUGCCAUGGAGGUGGACAAUAAGAACAAGGAAAGGGAAGAAAACUAUUUCUCUAGUUCUGCUGAUGAUGAAGCUUUAUCUGUAACGCUGCAUUUAGGGCUCCCAAAUCCUGGUAAUAUUUCUUCUGAUUUGGUCUCAAGGGAUGAGAUCUCGUCAGAUAAAGAAGAAGUCACUGUUGCUUCUGGGUAUUCAUCAAAUACUACACUCAACAAAGGCCAGUAUUGGAUCCCUACUCCUACCCAGAUUCUGAUUGGACCUACACAGUUCUCAUGCCCUCUUUGCUUCAAGACCUUCAACAGAUACAAUAACAUGCAGAUGCAUAUGUGGGGGCAUGGAUCACAGUACAGAAAAGGGCCAGAGUCUCUAAGAGGAACACAACCAACAGGCAUGUUGAAGCUUCCUUGCUAUUGUUGUGCACCAGGAUGCAGGAAUAACAUUGAUCAUCCAAGGUCAAAACCCCUCAAAGAUUUCAGAACUCUUCAAACCCAUUUCAAAAGAAAGCAUGGGAUCAAGCCUUUUGUGUGUAGAAAAUGUGGGAAGGCCUUUGCUGUGAGGGGGGACUGGAGAACCCAUGAGAAGAAUUGUGGGAAGCUUUGGUAUUGUACUUGUGGGUCUGAUUUCAAGCACAAGAGGUCUCUCAAAGACCAUAUUAAGGCAUUUGGGAAUGGUCAUGCUGCUUAUGGCAUUGACUCUUUUGAAGAAGAUGAUGAUCCAGCUUCUGAGAUAGAACAAGACAAUGAAUCCUCUCAGUGACAUAGAAAGAGAUGGAUCCUCAUAGCACUCUACUAAUACUUUAUUUGUAAGUCUAAGCAUUUUACAAAAUGCAUUAGAUCCCUCUUCUCCCUUUCUUUCCAAGCUUGGAUUUGCUUAAUUAGUGCUUCAAACUCCACAUAUAGACCAAUGUUAGACCAAGCUCCUUAAUUUUUCCUGUUUUAUUUCAUCUCUUCCUCUUUAAUUUUCUUUUAUUUCAACCUAGAAUUGAGACUUUUCACUUUUUUGUUGGACAUGGUAAUAAUAUCAUUAAUUUUAU